GGCAGUGAGUUUUAUUCAGACUUAUGUUGGAAAAAAGGGAAAGAUGUCAAACAGUCUGACUUGUUAUGUGAGGAUAAAUGCAGGAAAUUUUCCUGGACUUGAACUCAAGUAACCUCUCCAGCUCUUUCCACAGGUUUUACUGCUGUCAUCUUUAUUUUCUUUAAUUAGAUACCAAGAUGAGUCAAACUAUGUAUGCACACUGAUGAUAAUUAUUUUCUGCUACAAUAGGUCUGGAUCGUUACUGAACAAUCUUUGUUUUUAUAGUAAAUAACGAAUAAAUCAUUAAAAGCCUUUUUUUUGGAAAUAUUUUCUGGUAUAACUUUUUUUAAAUUUUUUUUUUAUAAAUUUUUACCUUGACUGGUUUCAACUUGAACAGCUUUAACUACGAUUCCCACAUAUAAUCAUGUAUCGCUCGAAUUUUUUCCCAGGUUUUUACUUGUUUUCCUUUUGCAACCAGCGUUUACCGUUUUUCUAUUAUUUUCUCAUAUUUUUUUAAAGAAGCUCUUUCUCAUUAGUUGGAUUGUUCUUCACAAUCUGGGAUAUGUAUUGGACUGACUGUGUUAAAUUAAAAUACAAUAAUCCCUUAAUAAUAAUAAUAAACUGUAUUUAUUUGGUAUUGAAAUAUAAUGCAUGUCUUGGCUGAUGUGCAUCACAUAAUUUAGAGGUGCAUUCAGUCAUUUAAUUCUUUAAAUUUUGAUGAUUAUGGUUACAGAUAAUAAAAACCCAAAAUUCUGUUUCCCAGAAAAUCUGAAUAUUACAGAAAAUUUUUAUUUUGAAUACAAUAAUGUUAUAUUAUGCACACUAUCAUGGCUGAAGACUGCUGACUUUACAGUUGUCCUCCAUAAAUGGAGUAAACCACAUAGAAUCAUUGCUAAAGGAACUUGCUGUUCACAAAGUUCUGUAUCCAACAGGAAGUUGAGUGGAAGAAAAAACGCAGUUGGAAAAGGUACAGAGGCAGCAGGAAUAACUGCUGCGUUGGAAGGAUAGUGAUGUAAAGUCCGUUCUAAUGGUGUGGACUGCAGCUAGAGUUAAGCCACUCUUUAACCAGACACAAUAUCAGAAGCUCCUUACUUGGCCAAAAAAAAAAAAACAGACUGUUCUGAGUGCCUUUAUGGGGAAGCUGAUCAUUUUCCAGUAGGAUUUGGUACCUGCCCACACUGCCAAAACUACAUAUACCUGCUUCAGUGACCAUCUCAUCACUGUGCUUGAUUGGCCUACAAACUUUUCUUUUUCCUGCAAAACUGAAUUUUUAAGCCUUAAUCAUCAAAAUAAAAAUAUACCUAAGGAUAUAUCGCUCUGUGGACUAAAUCUAUAGAAUGCAUGGGUUUCUCUUUUUGAACUGAAUUACUAAAAUUAAAAUAAAACGUUUACAUGAUAUUGUUAUUUAUUGCAAUGUACCCAUUGAUACAAAUUUCUGAAUGUAUGUCAGACAUACAGUAUUGUUGUUGCCUCUUGUCUACACUUUUCAACAAUAGUUUGUUAAUGAAACUGGACAAACACUUAGAAUGUUAAGAUUUAAGUCAAAGAAUAAGUAGAAAAUUGGUCAAAAUUGUUCUCAUGACACGCUUUAUGACAGAUUUUUAUUAUUUUGAUAUCUAGUUGAAUGGGUAUAAUAGGAAAGAGGUUUUUUUGUAUUUUUAUUUAGGAAACAUACAUAUUUGGGUGUUUUUAGAAGUGAUUAUUAAAAAUAUAAAAAAAUGUUGAUCUAAAAUCGAAUCAGACGUCUGCACCAAGUGGGAGGGACGCUGUGCUGUGAUUGGCCGUUGGCAUUCGGGGACGCUGAGUGAUUGGUUGUUAGCAUAAAAGCGUUCUACAUUUCAUUUGUAGUGAUACCUGACGCAAUCUACCUUGAACGAAUCUGCGCCUUUCGUCUGCUUUUUACGGUACUUUUGUCAUCACUUCCGUAAAACAAGGGCUUGCGUUGUUUAUGUCUCCUUAUGGCAACAAUUAACUGUUGCUAGCUUAAAAGCUGGAUUCCAAAAAAAUCCCAAACAGAGCAAAUGGGAAGAGAUGCGGUCUGCGGGGACUCAGCGGGCCUAACAUCGGUCUGUUGCCGUCAGCAGGAGACCUGAAGCCAGACGGUUUCUCCUCUCCUGGUUUUUAAAAGUGUAGCCUCAUUUUUCAGGGACUGGCUGGGAUUCCGUUCAUCAUGUUGAACGGCGUGGCUCUACGCUCCCAGAUCGCGUCCGUGAUUGAUGCCCUGGCCAAAGCAGCUGUGGCGGAGAUCUUUAAAGUUGUGGAGGACGGGAUGGUGGUGCUGCGGCUGGAGAUGUGUCAGCGGGAGGAUGAGAUCGAGAGGCUGAAGAGCAGCAUGGAGGUCCUGCAUGGAGAGCUGAGGGCGGCGCGGCAGGCGGAGACCCAGCGGCCGGAGCACCGCGGAGGAGACGAAAGUCAUAGGGGUGUUGGAGAUGAGAAGAUCUUCGGUGAAAAGGUUCGCUCUGAUCAAAACCGCACCAUACCAUCUGCACCUGAAGCACAGGUGAAAGGUGAACCUGUGGAAGAGGGAAGUCAGGAUGCCAGAGAACAAUUGGAAAGGCCAGUGGACGGGACUCUGUACGGUGGUGGGCAGGGGAGGUCAGGGGCACAAAAGGAGGCUGCAGGCAGCAGCUCUGAAUACUUAGCUUUAGGUCAGAACUCUUUGUCCUGUCUCUCUGAGGCGUCUUUGCACGGUGGGCUCGUUUUGUCCUGCAACAGCUCUGGUGGGUUUCCGCAGAGCCCGUUCAGCCGUGGGCUUCUAGGUUACACCCAGUACAGAAACACUGUACGAAGGCGGACUGUGAAGAGGCUGAUGUUCAAGAAAGGUUUCAUCUGUCCGUACUGUGGCAAAUGCUUCGAACGAGCUGGACACCUCGAAAGACACAAGAGGAUUCACACUGGCGAGAAACCGUAUCGUUGUGAGAUCUGUGGACGGCGGUUCAAUCAGAAGUGCAGCCUUAAGGAGCACAUGAAGAUUCACAGACGAGGUCUUCAGACGAGACCAGGAGAGGUCCAAAUAAACCAACAAAUCCCGAUACCACAGGUGAAUCCCUGUAUGGAAAGGCAUUGCUCUGAAGAGGCCAGCCAAGCAAAGGCUGAUGAUACCCAAACAAAGACUGAAGAGAUUCUGCCAACAUCUGUCCAGGUAAAAUCUGAGCCGGUCGAGGAAAAUAUAACACAACCACAGCUUAAUGUGGAAAACAAUCAGACAAAGGACAGAGCCGACAGCAUGGGUGAAAACAUCGCACCAGAGUACCAAGGCAGCCAACUGUGGGCACCCAGGUUACAAAACAAUCUAGAGCUGAGCAGAACAGAUUGUACGAACAGCUCAUCACAGAACAUGUCUUCCUUCCCUGCCAUCGCUCAGUUACUCCAGCCACCGGAAGACGCUUUGUAUAGCAACUUUUCUGUCCGAGGAAAACUGUACGGGCAGCUGAAAAACAGCACUGUCCCGCAGACACCUUAUGGAUCCUCAGGCGCAAUUAUCAUACCCAGUAACACAGGCUUACACGUGACAGAGGCCUCAAAUCACCAUAGACAGAGGAAAAACGGAUCGUUUCAAGUUUUGAAACCGAAGAAGUGCUUUGUUUGCACGUACUGCGGGAAGGUCUUUGAGCGAGCUGGACACCUUGAAAGGCACCUCCGGAUUCACACCGGGGAGAAGCCGUAUGGCUGCCAAAUCUGCGGAAGGUGCUUCAAUCAGAAGAGCAGCCUCAAAGGUCACAUGAAGACUCACACAAAUGGGAAGACAACAGACCUGCUGGAUUCUCAUCACCCGAUGUUCUCAGUGCCUGAAAAUCAACUGAUGGAGAACUAUGUGGAAACCAGUAACGGACCAACAGCUGCAGAGGAGCACUUUCCUGCCCCUGCGUACUCUCACUCAAUUAAAGAGGAACCUAUGACGGUGAAGCUGGAGCCCAACAUGGAGAAUUUCCUCACCACGUCUCAGAUAGGGACUGACAGUAGAGCAGGAGCAGUAGACAACGGUUUACUGUGGACAUCUGCAGUAGAGGAAAGUAUUGACAGUCCUGCUCAACCUGUCUGUGUACUUUUACAAGAUGCGAAGUAUCACCACGGUUCCCCUGCUGGGGGAGCCAGUGAGCAGCAGGGAUUCACCUCACCAAUAAGGGAUCUGGCUUUUAUAGACAACAAAGCAAAGGAGGACCAUUAUUUAGCUGUGGGGUUGCAGCAAAGAACAUCAAAUCCAAGUCAUGAGCUGACUGCAAGGGAUUUCUGCUCGGAGAGUGAAGGCCUGAACCAGGAUAGUGUCUAUGAUUUUACUCUGAGAGCUUCAGACGGCUACGAGGACACCUGCGGUGGAGACCCCAUUAGACAGAACUACAUCUGCUCCAGUUGUGGGCAAAGCUUUGAUAGUUUCCAUAUUUUUCAGGAGCACCAGUGUGAAAAACUCCCAGAGCAGCCUUUAAGCUGUGAGAUGUGUGGAAAGACUUUCAACCAGCUGAGCAUCCUGAAACUGCACCUUAAACUACAUGCAAGAUGAAUCGGUUUUCUAUCCAAUACAUUUUCACUCUCUUCGUGUUUAGCUGUAUGAAAUAAACCUGAGACUUAAAUAAAAACAUGAAAUACUAAAGAACAAAAUCAAUAAUUAAUAUCACUGAUUUUAGCUACAUUUUCUGCCCCUUAAACCAACUUUUUUAUUUUACUGUAAAGACAAAUCAAAGAAAAGACUGAUUAUAAUUAAUAUCUUCUUUCUGUGAAAUUAUUUUUGCUGUUUGUCUGUUUGUAACAUUGAGGAAAAUAAAUCUGUUUAUUUCCAAGAAACUUUCUUGAAACAAAAUCACAUUUAAAGAAAAAUAACUUUGCUAAUAAUUCUAAAAUAAAAAUAAAAAUAUAUAAGCCCAUUGGUGAGUUAUGACAAAAGAAUGUACACCCUCUUUCAACUCUAUACAUAAAAGUAGAGUUGAAAGAUCAAUUUCCCAAUUCUUUAACCUUAAGUGUACAAAACACACACACACACUGUCAUCAUUUGUAAAACAAAGAUGAAGCCAAAAUGAAAAUGCUAUGUGUUGAAAACUAAGUACACCCUUGUGGAUCAUGAGGACUCGAGACAAAAAGUUGCAGCCAAGCGCUGCUAAUCAAAUGUAGUUAAUUACUUGAACUUCAGCAAGUGUGUGCACCUCAAUGUUAGCAGGGGUUUUGCCAGUUUGCUGCACUGUAACAUAUACGUGUUUAGAGGGCUGAUGAUUUGGGCUUGUCUUGCAACCACAGAAUACGUGGCUACAUGGCGGUCAUUGAGUCAGCCAUAAAUUCCUCUGUAGACCAAUGUUUUUUAGAGUCAAAUGUGAGGCUAUCUGUUACCUGAAGCUUGCUCCAAACAAGGUCACCAUUAGGGCAAAGAUUAUGAACAGAGCAGCAAAUCCACAAUAGAAUGACCUAAAAAAAGAAAGAAAUCUUGCAAUGGCCUAGUCAAAAUCCAGACCUGAAAGAGAGCUGUGCAACAAUGAAUGAUCUGAAGCAAUACUGUACAGAAGAAUGGGUCAAAUUUCCUCCAAAAUGACGCAACACUGAUAACGUCUGCUGCUGCAGAGGGAGUUCCGUAAAACCACGGGGUGCACUUAAUUUUUCCACACCCAACACUUUUGUUUUCUCUUCAUCUUUAAGAAAUAUUAGUACGGAAUGUGUGUUUUAGAUCACUUGAGGUUAUUUUGAAGCAUAUUUAAUACCUGGAAUGGACCAGAUUAAUCUUUUAUGUCCUGAUAUUUGAAACCUUAGAAGUGAAGGAAGGGUGUACUUUCAUUUCCCAAGACUACAUGUUAACUUAGCAUCCUUACUGAAAUCAGUGUGUUCCGUAUUGUUAGUAAACAAACAGUGAAAUCUAUUCAAGUCAUUUAGAUUUCACUUUUUCCCCCUUUCUAGCUGGUGUUGAAAUUAAGUAUUGAUAUGAGAAGCUUUCAAGUGAAACAAUAAUUAUUCUGGUUACUUUCUGGUGAAAGUUUGUCAAAAUUCCAGAUCUGAAAAUGUGUUGACCACAAUUAUCUUUUUUUUUUUUUUUUUUAGGUGCAACAAGAUUGCUAAGUUUGUUUCCAUUGAAACAUAUUUGGUAAAACUGUAAUAUUAAAAAUGUAAGAUAAUGUUUUAGGUCUUUAAUCAACAUGAAAAUGAGGAAUAAAUGCCGUUUCUGACUUUAGGAUUGAACUGUUUAGAUGGUUUGAUGCAUUUGCCAAUACAGCAUUACAUGUACACCUUACCCAAUUAAAGGGAUGACUUUCUUAGCAUUUUUAUGAUGAUGAAACUGGGAGUUUCCCAGCUAGUCAGAGCAGAGAAAAGACAGAACUUGAGUUUCAUCCUAAUUGUAUCAUUUAAAAUCUGUUCUGGAAGAAUCGAGAUUACCGGUUCAGGUUAGUUUAUAUCCACUCAUCAUCGGGAUGAAUGUCAUUUUUGAGGUGUGGGAUGAUCAUACAACAUACAUCUUUAAUGACUUUGAAAAACCCGAAUUAGUUCCACAAGUCUGGAUUUAUUAUGAAUGUUCUGUAAACUAAACUGGACCAAAUGUGUACGUAGAUAAAUGUUUCUUAGCCAGUUACACCAAAACACACUUUUUGUACAGUUAGGGUUACAAGCGACCUUUUUCUUCUCUGAAAUGUCUAUUCCAAUUGGUUGGUUUCUCGCUUGAUGUCAGGGCUGUUCUUUUAAAAAGCUAAAUGUUAGCCUGCAUUCUUGCUCCGAACCCAGUUUUGUUGUUUGUUUGAGAACGCUGUCCAUUUGGCCACUCAAGUGUCCCAAGUUUAACCAUUUAGGUUUAUGAUAUGAGAUGAAGUUUCACUGAAGUGAAUGCAAUAAUGCGGGACCAUUAUUAUGACCUCAAGCAGAAAGAUUUACAGGAUUAAGAUAAUUCCCUGUUAGUGAAACAGAACAAAGAACCUACCAACAUCAAAAUAGAUUUGGAAAAGAUGUGACAAGCUGUGUGGAGAAUACUGAAUGAAAUCACACUGUUCUUUAAACACUACUCCAGAUUACAAAUGAAAAACUAGCUUUUUUACUAGCAUGUGCACAGAACACAUUAUGGAGGUGACUAAACAGGACACACACUUAACCCGUGGUGCAGAAUUUUCUCCAUCUAACUCUACCUCUUCCAGCACCUCGGCACCAAUAGAAAAGUGGGAAAAUAACAGCAGGUCAAGCUGACAAAUGGAGGACAAAUGAUCAGUCCUACUUUAACACGAGCCUCAAAAUACAGCAGGAGCACUAUGGGUCAGCACAGUAGGUUAAAAUCAAAGAUCCAACCUGAACCAUUUGGACAAUUUGUGGAUUGAUCUUAAAAGCAGGGUUCAUGACAUAAAACUAAUUUAUGGAACUGUAGCAACUCUGCUAGAAAGAGUGAUCAAAUAUGCAAACAGAAUUAUGCCAGGACUAGGGGUGCACCGAUCUUAUUGAUGGUUUGCACAGGCUAACCUUUAAAAUUGUCGAUUCUGGUAAAAUAUUACAAACAUUCUUUGAAUAGGAACAACUUCCAUAUUCUGCCUCUUUGGUGUUAUUGUCUUUUAUAACGGUGCCACUUUCUCAUUUCUUACUUUAUAUUUUAUAGCCAUCCGAUCAAUAACUGUCAUAUAAGUAAGUGUCUUUACAUGGCAUUGACAAUGAUAAUCACUUGUGUUGGCUGAAUAUGUUUGGAUAUAAGUAUACUUACGGUACAUUUUAUUGUCUUUUUUGUAUUUUUUAAAUAAAGAUGAGAUGACCAAUGA